AUGCGUACCUUAGCACUAUUCGUCUCAAUCUUGUGCGCUAUUCAAGCACUACCGCUAGACAAAACAGCGAUUCAACCAAAGAUAUUGCAACCGGUCGAGCCUGCAAAGAAAGGUCUCAUCGUUGGGGCAGCUCAAGACGUGAAACAAGAGAUCAAUGGAGUGAUUGAAUCGAUCAAGAAGGAUGCUGACGUUGUUGUCGAAAAACUGGAUGUGAAAAUCGAACCAGAGGAGAAAAGAAGACAUCAUGGCGGACAUGGUGGUCAUGGUGGUCAUGGUGGACACGGUGGUCAUGGAAACCGUAAUCCAGAACUCCAACGUCUUGUCGAUGAUAUGUGGCAAGCUGAUCAGGAUAAACCGCACAAUCAAAUCGAUUGGGGUAAUCCCAUGGACGGAAAUAUGGAUCAAUCAUCAAAUCCAUUGAUAGCAAAUGUGGACGAGAAUGUUCUCCAGAAUGAUCAAUAUCAAGCAUUGUUAGCAAUGUACCAAGCGAAUGUCUUCACGCCUAAUGUAUGUGAGGAAGAACAGCCGAUGACUGGUAAUAAAUUGCAAGUCGUGCAGAAUACUUUCAACGCGUUCGUGCAAACACCAAUGUUCCAACUUGCAUACAAGUACAUGAGAGAUCAUGGAGUUGCUGGUGAGUGGAACGAAUUUAGCCAAAAAUUAUGGAAUCUAUGGAUGGGAACGUAUUCGCGCUGUCACCACCGUGCACAGGGAAGCUCAGGAUGGGAACAUGUCUUCAUCGGUGAAUGGAAAGGAAACGAAGUUGAUGGUCAGCACUCAUGGGUGAAAUAUUACACUCUUCAACAGGCUGAUCAAGUCGAUUAUUACGGUUACAAGAAUCACGAUGCGGAUCUCAUCGGAAGUUUCCAAUACACUUGGGAAAAUCACUUGAAGAGACUUGGUGGCUUCUUCUUGAACACAUCACCAGCGUUCGACUUCUCACUGCUCACAGUCUGCGCACUAACAGAGCCUGGUGCAAACGGGUGCAGAUUCAUGCUCGAAAACUUCCCAGUGAGCGUCACCUCCUAUACACAGUCAUGUGAUGCGGGUAUUUGUCUAGCAACUGCAUAUCCAGCUGAAUAA